AUGGACAGAGCCGCGCUGGCAGUGGACCCGCCGGCAGCGGAUUUCCUCCACGCCGAGACCUCGACGACAACCGACUCUUCUCUGCCCAUUGGAUAUGCAGACCAGGCCUGCAAGGAGUGCCGGAGGCGCAAGGCCCGUUGCAACCGCGGCCUGCCCACCUGCGACUACUGUACCAAGUACCGUCGCCACUGUCUCUAUGAGAAGCAUUCACGCACUCCCUUGACUCGCAAGCACUUGACGGAGGUAGAGACUCGUCUGGAGAAGGCCGAGGCUCUGUUGCGUCAAAUAACUGCGCAAAUCCCGCCUCACCUCCGCACCUGGCAGCAUGACGCUCCCGCGGUACCGCCGCCCGAUGCGUCCUUGGGACAGUCGCCUGACCUCUCUGGGAGUAUCCAUGCUGGCCCGGCGUCUGCUGGGGAUGGGAUUCCAAUUGCUCCCAAAGAGCAAACCCCGCCCCAGUCUGCGGUGACGGACCAUGAUCCUGAGCACGACAAGAUGCUUGAAGGCCCCCCGGUGGAUGACUUCGAGUGGUCGGAGCAUGAUGCAGAGUAUUCCCGCGAGCUGUUCCCUGAAGAGGCUGCGGCUAUCGGAGGAGAGAGUCCUCUGCUAGAUGGCAUGGGCUCCCUGUCUAUCGAUGAUAGUGAGGGCGGCUACCUGGGUGUAGCAUCCGGGGCAGCUCUCCUGCGGCUGCUGGAACCGAACGCUCGUCGUCACCGAGCAGGCUCGCGGUCGAAACCCUUUCAGAAUUUGUCAAUAUACCCACUCACGCCCCAGCCGGAUCCAAAUCGGCAUGUUUCCGAAGCCAUGAUAGAUGCUUACUUUCGGAUGUAUCACCUCAGCUAUCCAAUCAUCCACGAACCUACUUUCCGGGCACAGUAUAGCCAAGUCAUACCUCGGCCAAAUGGUGUGUGCUGGUCGGUAUUGGCCUAUGUAGUCGCCGCCAUUGGAGUUUGGACCUCAGCAUCCACCUCACAGGAUACUCUGGAUUUGGCGCUGUUCUCCCAGGCCCGUGGGAUGCUGAGUUUCAACUUCCUCGAGGUAGGUAACGUGACCUUGGUUCAGACUCUGACUCUGGCCUCCAACUACGUCCAGAAGCGGGACAAGCCCAACUCGGGAUACAACUACUCGGGGCUGGCCUCUAGGAUGGCCAUGGGACUCGGCCUUCACAAGGAGUUUCAAGGAUGGAACAUUUCGCCGCUGAACAUGGAGAUACGCCGCCGAGUGUGGUGGACGCUGGGGAUUUUCGACAUCGGUGCGUCAAUUACUUUCAGCCGUCCGAACGUAUGGCCAUUCCAGGGGGUUGAGGUCGCAUUUCCGCUCAAUGUUAGCGAUGAGGACCUCACGCCAGCAUCGCAUUCUUACCCGCCAGAGUCGAACCAUAUGACUCCCUAUACGGCGGUUGCAACACAGGCCCGGUUCAACACUGCAACGUACCAGUGCUACGACAGGGUGAUUUCCAAGCCUCCACCAACCGCAGAGGAAAUGCUCCAUAUGGAGGCAACCCACAUUGCCCCGUGGCUGGCUUCCAUCCCAUCGUUCUUCAAGGUUACCGCCAUCGUCCCACUACGCUAUGCCCACGCCCAGGCUGUGUGCGAUUGGAGACUGAGGAACUUACGAAUCAUCAUGUAUCGCCCGUUUGUGAUUCGGAAGUCACUAAUAAAUGGAGCCGAGCUGGAUCCCUCGUCCAAGGAGGCCUAUAAACGUUGUCUGGCUGACGCCAAGUCUACGAUUGUGUCCAUCGCCGGAUAUUGGGCAACCAAGGAGCACAACCGGUUGUCUGCUUGGUAUGGCCUCUACUUCAUUUUCCAGGCCGCUCUGAUCCCCUGCAUCUGCCUCCGCAGCGAGCCCUCUGCACCCGAGAGCCCCGCAUGGCGAUCUCAGAUCAUAACCGCUUUGGAAACUAUCCAAGCCAUGGCCGGCCUGAACGCAAGCUGUGCUAGAUGUCACAGCACCAUAUUAGAUCUCUGCGGGCGAUACCUGGACGGUUAUGAGACCGAGUCCAAUCAAACGUUACAGUUCCAGGAGAACCUGUCGCCGUCCGCGAUGCUGGACAGCACGACAUUCGAGGAACCAUGGUCGAUGGACAAGCCGGCGGGUGACGUCUCGAACGGCCAGAUGAAUGGAGUCUUGAAUAUGAUGUGGCCAAACAUAUCUCCUUUGGAUGCAGCGGACGUUGGCAUGGGAGAAAAUACUGGAUGGCUGGAGUUUUUGCAAGCUAGUAAUUAUGAUGAUGGAUGGGCCGGCCCGCCAUCGCUUCCUCAAUAG